UCCUAGGAAAAUAUUCCUAAAUCCUGAAGGCAUUUAGCUAGGAAAGAUCCAGAAUGGACCCAACUAUUCCUGUUUUACCCCAAACCGGUUGGUCUGCUUUGGGGAUUACUUCUCAGGCUAGGAACCUCUGAGUGUUCUGAAACGGGCCUGAACUCUUACAGAAGCUCUUGUGGUCCUAGAAUGAAUUUAGAGGUCUCCAUACCCAGCCUGGAAGGUGAGGAACGACCCCUAACGACCCACCCUCCCAACCUAAUGCUGUUUCUGCUCCACCUGUCCACUCUGGGGAGCUGUGAUUUGGCUUGGAAGCUCUCGGAUUGAAGGAUGGGCCCAAGAUCCUCACAGGUGAAGUUUCGGUAGGUCCCAGGGAGAAGAAAGAUGUUCUUCCACCCCACCACCCCCGAAAGUCCGACCCACCCUUCUCCCCGCCAGCUGCAUCAGAUCCCUCCAGGGCCUCAUUGUCAGUCCUGUAAUCUUUUCAUCCGUGAUAGGAUGGGCCGUGGACCCUUGUGGGUGAAGCUCGGCGGUUCCCGAGUCCAUGUGGGGUGGCCCCUGCGGAGCCUGGAGCCUUCUUGCCCGCUGGCUUGCUGAUCCCGCCGAGCCAGCUCCCUUCCUGCUUUUGACGGUGAGGGAACCAGCUGGGAGGUCCUCCGAGCUGGACGGGGAGGCAGGCGGCCUCUCCCACCCCCACCCGCUCCCUCCCUGCCGCCGCCGCCUCCGGCUGCUCUCGCGGCAAGCCAAGAAGCUGGGGCGCCUGCUGGGAGCCCAGCGCCGUCCUCCGGUUUCCUGUGAUCUACCAGUCCUCCUCUCCGCGGAGGCUCGGCCGGGCGCACCUCAGGCCCGCAGCAGCCCCGGGGCUUGGCGGCAGCUGCAACUUCCACAGACGGCCGCCAGGUGGCGCUGCGCCGGGGCCCGAGAGCAGGCGGGCCCGGGACAGGGUUGGAGGGACUCAGCUACGCGCCUGGGGAGGCCGCGGGCCCUCGCAGACUACCGAACUUCCAUCCUGCCGCCGGGGUUUCACACCUGCCGGCCCCGAGGAAACAAUGACGUUGGGAUUUUGGGGGGCCGCCCCUUGACUCGGGCGAAUCGGACACGAACGGCGACCUCUUGCUCUCUUCCAUCCGCCUGCCGCCGUUGCUGCCCACCGACUCCUAGAGCUCAUUUCUCGCUGCAGGCUCCAGGAAUGCAAAUAAUUUCUCACUGGGUUUUAGCGGGGGUGCGGAGCUGCGGAGAAGCGCGCGCCCGACAGCUUUCGCCGCAGCUGGGUCCCCGGGCGCUGGUGGCUGCGGCCCCCAGAUGCGGGCGGAGGCUGCAAUAUGCACAUGAGGCCACAGUGUGGCGCCAGCGGCCCGCCGCGGGACUCGCUCGGAGCGCGACGCCCCAUUCCAUCAUUUACGGAUCAAACCAAAUAAUCUAGAAUCAAGUUGCUAUGUGUGUCAUACUACUCCUGUUUUUUUUUUCCCUAAACUUUUAGUAGAGUCAUUUACAUAGUUCAGUUUUUAUCUCAGCUAUGUUACAGAGUGGCAGGAAAAUAUUUUGUCUCCAAACUACAGCCCAAGUGUGAGAGCAGCGUAUCCUGAAGCUAGUUAGUAACCAGAAAAUCAGGAAGGUAAAGCAAAUCUCUGGAGGCAAGAUCUGGACUCUGUGAUAUCGCCGCUUCUCCCCACUUGAAGCGUCUCUUUGCAGUGCCGCACCUGGAGGUUUGGACUUAAUCGUUAAACAAAAAGAACAGUUACAUUCUGCCUUCCUACAGGGCAGGGGCCUGGGACUGGCAGCAUUUCUGUUGUCUCUAGAAAUAGAGGGGUUAUGAGAAAGCCUCAAAAGAGAGGGCAAGAAUAACACAUCCAUUUCUCAUCAUGAGUUACCCCCUUGUAUGCCUAGAACGCGUAUGGAGACAUUCUCUUUUAGUAAAGUCAAAGAGAAAAGCCAUGAACUAAGUAUCCUGAACACAGAGGCGUGAGCCAUCUCAGUCUCACAGUCCCUUAGGAGUCAUUUAUCUCAGAAGUUGGUUGAAACAAAAACAGUUCAUACAGCAUGGUAGGCAGAAUUCUAAAAUGAUCCCAGUGAUUCACUGCCUUGUAUAAUCCCCUUGAGUGUGGGUGGAACCUAUGACUUGCUUCUAGCCAACAGAAUAUGACAAGGGUGAUGAAAUGUCACUCUUGGGAUUGCUACAUUAUGUAAGACUCUAUCUUAGCAGUCUGGAUGGGGAAAGUCUCCUCCUGAACUUGAAGAGGUAAGCUGCCAUGCCAAGAGAGGGCCUACGAGAGCGCCACAAGGCAAGGUCCUCUAGGAGCUGAGAGUGGCCCCCUACUGAUGGGCAGCAAGAAAGCAGGAACCUCAGUCCUACAACCACAAAGAACUGAAUUCUGCCAGUGACCUUGUGAACCUGGAAAAGCUACAAAAAGAAACACAGCAAAGUCAACACCCUAACUGCAGCCUUGGAAGACUCUUAGCAGAGCACUCAGCUAAGCUGUGAUGGAAGUCCUGACCCAUGGACACUGGAAGAUCUUAAAUGUAUGUUGUUGCUAAAUUUGUUACACAGCAAUAGAAAACAAAUACACUCCAACUCUUGACAAAUUUGUUAAUAGGACCACACAUCCUAAGACAAACACACAGAAGGGCAAACAUCCAGAUAUAAACAUCCUACUACAUUGAUAUGAAUACUCACCUGUGUAAGAUCAGUGAUAUCACUAGCAAAACAAGCUCCAAGUCAAUGGGUUCUUCCUUUCGACAUACACCUCUACACAUAACCAAAAAUGCUUCAACUACUUUUCUUUUCUCCAGAGGCAGUUGGUUUGGCUAAGUAAAAAUGGGGUUCUUAGGAAACUAAUGAGGAAAAGAGACAAUAGUGCCUCUUCCCCCUCCAGAACUUAUCUAAGAAUGGAAGGCAGGUGUUUCUAUGCUAUACGUAGCAUGAAUUUUACAGUCAUGGAUACUGAUAUAAUGCUUCCAAAUAGAAUUAAUUCUCUUCCCUCCCUUAUUCCCACCCACAGCCAGGAGGUGCUAAAAGACUGCACUGCCCAAACACUGCCAUCUUUGCUUUAUAUAUCCAAAAGAGUGGGAAAUGCUGUCACAUCUCCAUCAGAAACUGUCAAACACUAGUAAUGGUAGAAAAUAUUUGAAUGACACAAUUAAUAGGCUUGAUUUUGUGGAUACUCUAUUUUAGAAAGAAAAUUCAUAUGCUUUUCAAACACACAUGCAAUGUUAGAAAAAUUAAGUGUGAACUAGGCCACAAAGCAAUUUUCAACAAAUACUAAUGAACUGAUACCAUAUUUAACACAAAUUCUAACCAAAGUGCUAUAACAUUAGAAAUCAAUAACAAAAAACUACCCUCCAAAAAACAUCUAAGUAAUUCAUGAAUAAAAUAAUGUAUAAUGGAAAUUUAUGAAUGUUUAAUCUUAAAUGGUAAUGGGAGUAUUAUAUAUCAAAACUCACGAGAUGCAGCUUUUAGCAGACAUUACUAAUUUCCUACUCAACAAUCAUUCCCCCACCUUCAUGACUUUGGUGUCAGCCAUGUGAUUAGGACUGGGGUCCACCAACCAGCUGCGUUUUCUUGGUCUUAGCAUAUACUGAUUAAAUUGAAAUGACUAAGAGUCAGUGAGCUGCAAUUGAAUUCCCCAUGGCUGACUGGCAAAACAUUUUAAAAUAGGGCAUAGACAGCACCAACCAAAAAUGUUGGUGUAUUGUACUGUAGUACAAUUAACAAGUCUUGUUCAUUGAAAACAAACAAAACUUUAAUAUGAUAGUGAAAAGAAAAGCCACAGUGUGGGAGAAGAUAUUUAAGACACUUAUAUCCAGAAUAUAUAAAUAACUCCUAUAAGUCAGUAAGAAAAAGACAGACAAUAGAAAAAUUGUCAAAAAGACCUUACAAAAAAGGAUACCCAAAUAGGUAAUAAACAGGUGAAAAAUGAUCAAUAUCAUAGUCAUUAGGGAAAUGCUUAAUUUGCAUUUGUAUAUCCAAAAGAAUGGGAAAUUGCAACAUACCUCCAUCAGAAACUGUCAAACAUUAGUAAUGGUAGAAAAUAUUUGAAACAUGUAAAAAAAAAUAUCCACAGCAUUACUAUUUGUAAGAGGUCAAAAUCAGAAACAACCUGACUCCCUCAGCAGAAUGGGAAAAUAUGAAAUAUACAGUAAUAAGGACAAAUGAACUUCAAUUUACAACAUGUAUACAGUUCACAAUCACAAUGUUGAGAAAAAUAAACCAGACACAAAAGAGUACAUCCUGUCCCAUACUGUAGCCCUUUAUAUGAAGUUCAAAAAUAGGCAAAAAACCUAUGGUGCUGGAAGUCAGUGUCAGGGGUGGACUAGAAAUGGGCAAGAAGGAGUUUCUGAGGUGCUGGAAAUGUCUAAAAUAGAUCUGGAUGCUGUUUACUUUGCAAAAAUUUACUGCGGCAUACAUUUAUGGCUUGUUGUACAUAAGUUAUAUUUCAACGAAAAUUCACAUUAAAAUGUAAUGUAAAAAAGA